AUGAGUUGUUUUCAUUAUAAAAUGUGUUCACACAAGAGUUGGAGUUUAAUAUCUUUGUGGUCUAGUUUAAUUUUAUUUGAAUUUUUGUUAAUUAUUUUAUCAAUAAUUUCAUUCUUCUCACUGGUUGGUGGGGUUGUUGAUUUUAAAGCACGAAACGACCUUAAUUUUAAUCUAAUAGACACUUAUUCUAUUGCUCAAACAGAAUUAACUCCUCCAAAAAAUAGUACGUCUAUUUUUUCUGCUUUUUCUGAUUAUUUAGAAACCCAUUUUUUGACGUUCUUAAGAACCAAAGGAAUUUGGAAAGGUAAGUGUAUUCCUAAUGUAAAAUUCUUUGGUCCUAAGAUUCAAGAAUGCAUCAAAAGUUAUUGUAAUGAACAUAGUAAUGAAGAUAGUUGCAAGUCCUUCAUUAGUUCUAAUGGUGUCAAUAUUGUUCCUAUGGUUUUUGAACAUUUCCAUUGUGUUAUUGAUUUGUAUAUAGAAAAUAACUCAUCAUCUACAAUUGUCCCAAUUACUGUUGACUCAAUUCCUAGUUCUAUGCAAUUUACGACUUCUAUAACGGAAGCUCAACGUCUUAUUAUGGUUUAUAAAGUCCCUUUGUGGAUGACGUUUGAUGAAUGUACUAUUCGACCACUUAUUUCUUCAACAGAAAAUGUCAUUCAAUCUGAUAGUGCCACAAGAGAAAUAGCAUUAACACAAGCUGGAAAAUAUUUGGCAACACCAACACUAAAAGCUACAGGGAGAAUAAAGAAUGUAAUUAUUGUUGGGUGGAAUCAAGACUUACUUGGUUUUAUAGUAAAAGAGUCUAAAGGAGAAGGUUUCGGACAAAGUAAAAUGUACUGGGAAGGAGAUAGGAGUGAGUUAGAUGAUUUUAAUAAGUGUGGUGGAGUUGGGUUUUGGUAUUGGAAACCAGAAGACCCUAGAAAUAUUACAUCACCUACAAAACUCAAUAUUAAAAUGAGUAUUUGUGAAAAAUAUUAUGGAAAGAAUAAUUGUCCAUUUGUUGAAAAUGAAAAUUAUUAUAUCAGAAGUGAUAGUGAUGGAAGACCUUUCAUUGAUUGUGUUAAUUCAGUAUUUGGUAUGUUUGACGUAGAACUAAUGAAUGGCGCUGGGUCUAUCUUCAAAUUAACAAAUUUUACAAUUACAAUGUUAGAAAACAUGUUUGAUCCAGCAUUAUCAAACAAAGGCACUGCAGACUGUGGUUAUAGUUUAAUGACAUAUGAUGUUUUGAGAGAUUAUUUUGAAAUUCAUAAAAAUACUGGAGAAACCCCUGUUGGAUUUACUAGAAUCGAUUUCAGUUAUAGUUAUGAUAAAGAAGGAAGUAAUAAGUUAUGGAAUAUUUGUGCUUAA